ACUUUGGAAUUAAGUUUUACACUGUUAAUAUUUUUUUAUAAUUUAUUCUAUUUUAUAAGCCUAACUUAUAAAUAGAUUCGAAAAUGAUGCAGUUUAAAGUUAUCGUAAGAAAUUUUUCAAGUUCCUCUGCAAUGCAAAGUGCUAUCAAGAAUGUAACGGUUAUUGGAGGUGGUCUAAUGGGCUCCGGCAUAGCCCAGGUAUCUGCCCAAGCAGGACAGAAUGUUACCCUGGUUGACGUCAGCAAUGAUGCUUUGGCUAAAGCCAAGAAGAGCAUUGGCACAAACCUCAGCAGGGUCGCAAAGAAGAUGUACAAAGAUAAUCCCCAAGAAGGAGAGAAAUUUGUGAAUGACUCACUAGGAAGGAUUAAUACUGCAACUGAUGCAGCAGAGGCUUCCAAAUCUGCUGAUCUGGUUGUUGAGGCUAUUGUUGAAAAUAUUGAAGUGAAGCAUAAAUUGUUUAAGCAGCUUGAUGGCGUAGCUCCAAGUCACACUAUUUUCGCAUCAAACACGUCUUCUCUAUCUAUAAAUGAAAUUGCAUCCGUCGUAAAAAGGAAAGACAAAUUUGGUGGUCUUCAUUUCUUCAAUCCGGUCCCAGUGAUGCGUUUGCUAGAGGUCGUCAAAGGCAGUGAGACAUCGGAAGCUACAUACAAAACUAUGAUGGAGUGGGGAAAGUCGGUCGGCAAGACCUGUAUCACUUGCAAGGACACCCCUGGUUUCGUUGUGAAUAGACUGUUGGUGCCUUACAUAUGUGAAGCCAUUAGGUUGUACGAAAGAGGAGAUGCAUCAGCUCGAGACAUUGAUAUAGCAAUGAAGCUCGGCGCUGGCUACCCCAUGGGUCCACUAGAACUGGCCGACUAUGUUGGCUUAGACACAAACAAGUUUAUCUUGGAUGGCUGGCACAAGAAGUUUCCGGAUCAGCAACUCUUCAAACCUAUACCCUUGCUAGAAAAGCUUGUUGCUGAAGGAAAAUUAGGUGUGAAGACUGGGGAAGGUUUCUACAAAUACGAAAAGAAAUAAUAUUAUUAAGCAUAAACAAACAACAUUAGACUUAAGACAUAUACACUGUGUUUUUAGUUAUAUUUUAUAUUCAGAAAUCAAUAUAAUAUCAAAAAUUUUAAUAGAAUAAAUUAUAUUUCAAGUUUUA